GUUACUAGAGUUUAUGGUUGGGGUCAUUGGCAGUCAGAUGUUGAGUUAUGAAACAUUAAAUACAGAAGGUCUAAUAACCCCCCAAAUUCUCCAAUAUACUAUUAAUACAAGUAGGCCUCAUUUAUAAACAGAUAAAGAAGCCUGUGAGAUAUUGAGGCCAUUUUGAAGAGAAAAACAGAAGAAAGUGUAGAUUUCCAUUGUGACAGACUUGUGGGUAAAAUAAUCAACACUUAUACAAAGGCAGCCAUCAAGGGGGAUGUUUAAUGAACACACACACAAAAAAUCACAACAGAAAUCAAUAUAUCUGAUCUUUUCUUAUUUCUAUACAGAGUUGCAUCUGUGUUUUCUUCAUUGUCGGGAAAAUGAAUGACACGUUUGCAGUUUUUCAGAUUUUCAUACCUAUCAUAAUCUUUGGUGUUGUAACGUUCUGCUGCGCCAGUUUCUGUAAAAUCUUUUAUCGAACACGUGAGGAACGUCAGCAGCGGCUGGCGGCUGAGAAUCUAGCGCGUGACGUAAGCUCGUCUGUUUACGUGAUUCCCAUAUCUCUGACUGAUGACGAUGUACACAGACCGCCGCGCUACAGCACGGUUCAGCUCUAUGACCCGCCUCCUGCUUACAACCAGGUGAAAUUUGAGGCCUACCCUCCGGAACCCCCCCCACCAUACACUCAGGCCGCACAUUCAUAAAACACGUGUUUAACAAAAUGCAUACAUUGACAAAUACAAGUUGUUCGGGCUUGCUACCCGUGCUGCUACGUGCAAUAUUCAGACUACCUCUGGAAAUGUAGAAAUCUUGAGAAAUGUUGUUAUAAUAAACUGUGAUUCUGAGUUGUGAGAGAGGAAGUUAUUUUGUACAUCAUUAACCAACUGAAACAUGACGUACAGAUUAUAUUUUAUAGUUUGUGAAUAUCUGUAAAUGUGUACAUUGUACCCUGUUGCUGUCUGUUAAAGUGAAACUUGUUAAUUUGUAACAAUUUUUCAAUGCUAAGUGGUUGACAUGU